CCACUCAAUCCACACAUUGUCCAUCAUGGCUGCCAGUGUACAUCAUUCAGCCAACAUGGCUCGACCGGCCAUCAACGAGCACAUCCCAGAUAUCUUCACCAUCAUCUGCUGCAACGACAGCUUCCAGGCCGCACUCGACCACAAUACCAUCAAGAUCCUCCUCCGAGUGUGCAAACGAGCCCGUCCUCUCCUGAGCUCCAAGGUGCCUCGCUUCCACCGCUGGUGUCAGAGUAUGGAGCUACUCAAUCUGGAAGGACAGUUGCGGAUCGGCCUCACUCCGAGCGACCAGAUCGCCCUCUCGCAGCAUUGCAAGAACCCAGACUCAGCCAACCCAUCCUGGCUUAUCGCCCAAGCGAACCGGGGCAAUGCUGCAGCCUCUUACUUCAUGGCCAGGAUCCUCGAUAGCCAACGAAAUGUGACCCCGGCCAAGCUGGAGGUCAAGCGCCACCGAACCUUCCGCUUUCUGGAGAAGGCAACCAACACAAACCACACAAUGGCCCAGCUCCACUUGGCCGAGUGUUAUCACAACGGAUUCGGAGUCGACCGAGACCAAAUCAAAGCUGUCGAUAUGUUUCGCAGUCUUGCAGAACGUGGAAUCCCUCAGGCCCAUAUCGCUCUUGGCCGCUGCUAUGAGAGUGGCGAAGGUGUCGAUCAAGAUUUCGAUGUGGCCAUCGAGUGGUACUCCAAGGCCGCCGAUCAGGGCAGUGAAGAUGGUCGACUCCAUAUCAUAUUCCUCCGUGGAUGGUUCUCAUUCAUCGGCCAUGGUGUCGAACAAAGUGACGUCGAUGCCUUCCACCACUGGCAGGAAGUGAGCAGCAAGUCUACCGACCCGAUCAUCAAGCCCAUCGCCACCCACAUGGUUGGGUGGAUGCACUACCUCGGCCGGGGUACCGUUCAGGACAAGCAGAAGGGCAUCGAGAUCAUUCGAGUGAACAAAUCGCAUGAGUUCAAGUUCGGAGAGUCCGAGUGUCUGGCUUACCGGAGCUCGACAUCAUCAUACUCUCUCGCAUCCCACAAUUACUUCCAGCUGUGCCAGCUGGGAUCGAAUCAAGACUGGCUGUGCAAACACCUUAUGGCCGUGUGUUUGUUUCAUGGAUUCGGAUCUAAUCGAGAUCUCGAGAAGGCAGCGGGUAUCUUUGAGCAACUCGCCAACGACGGCCACAGCGAUAGCCAGUUGUGGCUGGGAGAGUGCCACCAUCAUGGGGCGGGGAUAUCGAAGGACGAACAGAAGGCAUUCGAGUGGUACUGCAAGUCGGCCGACCAAGACAACUCGUAUGGACAGUUUAUGGUUGGUCUCUGCUCUGACUUGGAGGACGGGUUCACGAAGGACCAUUCUAAAGAAGCGGAAUGGUAUCACAAAUCGGCCGAGCAAGGCAAUCGGCACGGACAGUGGAUGCUCGGCUUCUACUACGAACAUGGCAUUGGUGUCCCCCAGAACAUCGACACUGCCAUCCUCUGGUUCCGCAACAAGUCCGCCAACCAAGGCAACUCGUACGGGCAGUGGAUGGUUGGAAGGUGCUACUUCAAUGGAUACGGAGUCGAUGAGGACAAAACCAUGGCAGUCGAGUGGUUUCGUAAAUCGGCCGAGCAAGAAAAUCGAUACGCACAAGAUUAUCUCGGCUACUGCUACUAUUAUGGCUAUGGUGUCCCCCAGAACAUCGACACAGCCAUUUUCUGGUGCCGCAAAUCCGCAGACCAGGGUCUCGAAGGUGCCAUCAACAAACUCAAGACGCUCGGCAAGUGGGGAGGUCCUGAUCCCGAGUCCCCUCAAGUCCCACUCCCAAAGUACCAAGUCCCAACACUGAACAUGCAAGCAGCCAAGCAGCCAAGCAGCCAAGCAGCCAAGCAGCCAAGCAGCCAAGCAGCCAAGCAGCCAAGCAGCCAAGCAGCCAAGCAGCCAAGCAGCCAAGCAGCCAAGCAGCCAACGCCCAUUACAAACACCAUGAUGCCAAGAGUGUACUUGCAAAGUGAUUCCAAUUAAUCGAUAUUGACCAAAUGAUAUUGUAUUUGACAUCCAAUAAAUCCAAUAUACAAUAGUGCUG